AUGGCGUCGUCAAGCGAUCCAUCAAAAUCAGUGAUGGAGAGGAAGAAGAAAGGAGCUCCGAUCAAAUUCUUGGUGCCUCUGAUAUACGCGCCUGUUCUUCCUCUGAUUCGGUUGUCUCUGAGGCAUCAGCCAGUUAUCAGAGACCGUCUCUUCGGUCUUGUCCUCGUCGGUGCUUUUGCUCAUGGCCUCUAUCUCGUAACGGACAUAUAUGAUGCAGAGAGCAAAUGA